AGCGGCAUCGUCACUGAGACCGCUGCUUGCUUCCCUGCAUUGAUGCAGUAGGAAACUGGUGGGCGAAGGGGUAUUGGAGGCGAUGGAUUGUAUCCUAAAAUUUUUGCGCACACGCUUACUAUAACUCUAGUCAAAACGUCAAAAACUAGGAACCUUAGAUCGAUCCUUCCUCACCUCCAAUGGCACCUUUUAAUAGUAAGGCAGUGGCGAUUGCUGGCAUACUUAUGUGCAUCGUCCGAACCACUACUGAAGCCGUAACCACGGAAGAAAGAAUCCAACUGCGGGAACAAGUUAAAGAAAUGUUUUACCAUGCCUACCGGGCUUACAUGGAAAAUGCAUACCCAGCUGAUGAGCUCAUGCCUCUGAGCUGCAAAGGCCGAUACCGAGGAACAGAGGCCAAUCGAGGGGACAUAGAUGAUGCACUAGGAAAUUUUUCAUUAACCCUGGUGGACACCAUGGACACAUUAAUGCUUUUAGGUGACAUGGAGGAAUUUGAAAGGGCCGUUAAACUUGUAAUCCGGGAUGUCAGCUUUGACAGCGACAUUGUUGUAUCCGUAUUUGAAACCAACAUCAGAAUGGUUGGGGGCCUACUGAGUGGGCACAUCCUGGCUUCAUACCUGCAGGAACGUCACGGUCUCAUGACGUGGUACAGAGGUGACUUGCUGCUCAUGGCUAAGGAGCUUGGGUACCGGUUACUGCCAGCAUUUAAUACAUCCACAGGUGUGCCGCACCCUAGGAUAAAUUUACGGUUGGGCCUGAAGUCACCCAAGCUGGGACAAGUGCACGAGACAUGCACAGCAUGUGCUGGCACAAUGAUUUUAGAGUUUGCUGCCCUUAGCAGACUCACUGGGGAGCCUGUUUUUGAGGCAAAGGCACGAGCUGCUAUGGACUACUUGUGGCAGCAGCGCCACAGGUCGAGUGAUCUCAUGGGCACUGUCCUUAAUAUUCACAAUGGCGACUGGAUACGCAGAGACAGUGGCGUUGGGGCUGGUAUCGACUCCUACUAUGAAUAUUGCCUCAAAGCAUACAUACUUCUCGGGGAUGACCUCUAUCUUGAGAGGUUUAACAAGCACUACACUGCUGUGAUGAAAUAUGUCAGCCAGGGCCCCAUGCUUGUUGAUGUGCACAUGCAUAGGCCCAAUACCAACUCCAGAAAUUUCAUGGAUGCCUUGCUGGCGUUUUGGCCGGGUCUACAGGUACUCAAGGGUGACAUCAAGCCAGCCAUAGAAACACAUGAGAUGCUUUACCAAGUUAUGCAGCUUCACAAUUUUCUUCCGGAGGCAUUUACAACUGACUUCCAAGUACAUUGGGGCCAACAUCCACUGAGACCAGAAUUUGUUGAAAGCACCUAUUUCCUCUUCAAGGCAACAGGGGAUCCCUACUACCUUGAAGCUGGCCGUAGAGUGGUGGAAUCAUUGCAGAAGCAUGCAAGAGUACCCUGUGGAUUCGCUGCCGUCAAGGAUGUUCGCACUGGAACACAUGAGGACAGGAUGGACUCAUUUGUGCUAGCGGAGACGCUCAAGUACCUGUACCUGUUGUUCGCCUCACCAGAGGACCUGCCCCUAGACUUGGACCAUUUCGUCUUCACCACUGAGGCUCAUCUUCUUCCACUCAGCUUAGCACGCAUAAAUCGUACACACUUCGACAUGAUGCAGUCACCGCGAAUGAUGUUCUACGCCCCGGAGGAGGAAUUCUCACACAGCUGCCCCAACACACACUUCCUGUUCCCCAAGAGCAACUACGCACACAGUGUGCGACAGCCUCUCAAAAACCUGGUUGAAGGUGCCUGUCCAACAGUGGCCUCCAGUACUAGGAGGCUCCAUGCAUCACAAUUUGAGGCCAACAAGAAGGAGCACCUGAACUUGGUCAAGAAAAUGGGCGUAUUUGUGACACUUAUGUCUGAUGGCCGCAUUCAACUCAUCCACAACGCUGCGCAGGCCGAGAGCCCUGAAGACGCCCAGGAGGGCCUGCUGUUCAUGCAAGAGAUGAUAGAAUUGGCAAAGCAGCAGAACCAACAAGAACAGCAUGUACGGUCUGUGACAUUCACAUUGCCUUCUACCAAGAUGCAUAUGGUUCUGCAAGCGGGGCCUGCCCAGUUUGGAAAGGACCUUGGGAAGCCAGCUAAUGAAGUUCGUGCUCCACUUGUGGUGCUUGACCCUCUGCGGGGCUGUGGAGAGUUGCACAACAGUCACGAGAUUAAGGGCAAGAUUGUCAUCAUGGAGCGUGGCGAGUGUAUGUUUGUUGAGAAAGCAAGAAAAAUUCAAGCAUUUGGGGCCGUUGGAGGCAUAGUCUUGGAUAACCAGGCAGGCACCAACGCCCGGCAGUCACCAGUGUUUGCCAUGUCCGGUGAUGGCACGGAUGAUGUCACUAUCCCACUUGUGUUCCUCUUCACGGAGGAUGGUCAAGUGCUGCUCAACGCAUUCAAAGAGCACCCUAACCUUGUGGUCACCUUGUCAGACCUCAGCAUCAUCUCGUCCUCAUCCUCCAACACCGAGGGUGAACCUGCUGAAGAAGCAGCCAAUCAAACAUCAGGUGAAUCCAAAAAAAGCAAGAAGGCCUCUGCAGCCACAUCCACAGAAGGUAGACCAUCUUCUGCAGAAGCUGAACUACUACGCAAGGUGCAAAUCUUGCGUCGUUUGGAUGCAUUGGGUCGGCUUCACGGUGAGACAAAUGAGCUGCUAGAGAAAGAGGCCACCAUCCGCCGCAUGCUGGGAAAGUUGCUUAGCCAACACAAGCUUUUUGAGAUGGAUAUUCGCAGCCUUCUAGAGCAUCUAGAAGACUUUACCGCUGAAGCCAAGACAAGGCAUUCUAGUGCCGAUGGAUUGUGCACAUCACCUCUUGUGCCUGCAACAUCAUCAGUCAACCCGCUUUUUAGUGCAGAGGCCUUUGCUGCAUUCAUCAUGCAACACCACUGUGAAUAUACUGCUACGGAGGCAUCUCGAUGACCAUGGGAGCUCAUUUACUCAAACAAUCCUGCCAGGAAGUGCAUUUCUUUUUGCCCUGCCAGUGCUGCUGCAUCCUGCUGCUUCAUUGUGGGUAACUGGAGUGCAUUCCACCCCAAAGUGGUUUAGGAGUUUGCAGUGUGGUGAUAACUUCUACUAUGAAUGUAAAAGCUUCUGAUCAUUGCACGGCUCUUGGUUGUGGCCUAGUGAGCUUGGGAGGAACCAUCUACAUAUAAUCUUAAUGCAAAAAAUAUUUUGAACUGCAAAGUUGUGGUGCCCUUCAAAAUUUGCCUAAUCCUACAAUGUUGCUGCAUUUGAUAAUGACUUGAACUAACUUUUACAGCCGUGUGCCAUACCUGCCAACUCUCCAGAUUUUUCCAUUAAGUUUACCUAUUUGGGCUAGUUUGAUCAUUGUACAAUUGUGCCAAGUUGCACUAAACUUGAGUUGAGCUUUAGUUGAACUUGCAAGCUAGUAAACUUUUACUGGACACAUUGGAGUGACCUAGAUGUGAUGUACAGUAGGCACAGGUAGGAAACAUUCAAGAUGUGGACAGAUUGCUAAAGCUCUACAGGACCUUGGUCACAGUGGUAGAGCUCCUGUCAUUUUCUUGUGUUAAUGCAGAAUGUAAACUGACAUUUAGUACACAGUAUUGCAAGGAUGUUCCAAACGGUACCUUGCUCAUCAUUAUCUAGCUAUUUCCCACCUUAUGAGGAAUAGACAAAACGGUAUUUGCUUCAAGCAAUUUUAUUUAGGCCAAUUUCUGGUGCAAGCAAAAUUCCCAUAGAAAAGUCUGAUAAAAAAAAAAUAGCCAAUGUGAUGUAAAAACAAUAUCUGCUGUUCCAUGUUUCUUUCUGCUUGCAUUCUGUUUCUAAAGCUAAGCCAUGAUUUUGAAGGGCAUAAGCACUAAAAGGAAGGUUUGAGCUCAGGUUUGGAGCAAAUUUUCUUUUUUAAAUUUGUACUCCCCCCCCCUCUCCCAGUGUCAUGUGCAGGGGACAUUUACAAAUUUAACAUUAUGCAGGUCGGCAGGUAUAAUAUGCACAAGCUUUGAGCAUCUGUAUAUAGGAUGUGUGCUUUUGUAUACUAGUUCAGGGCUAAGUCUAUGAAAGAAAACAUUGUCGAGCUAUGUCAUGCACAUGAAUGGAUGCGUGCCCUUCUGCAGAAGCCUAGUCGGUGAAAGUGCUAGCGUAAGCACUUAAAAGGUUUUUACUUCUUCACCGAGAGUCUUUCACAUUGAUGUUGUUGGCAUCUUAUUUGCACAAUGUUUAUUUGCAGUGCUUUUACGAGCAAGCUUUUGUUUUUGCAUGCAACUGUGAAGGCAGCAUCUUAAAAUUCUCAUUUGUUCUUGGCUAGUGUUUUGUAAUUUGCCUAGCAUACGAAGGAUGAAAGUCGUCAUGAUCAUAGAGAGGGUGGUAACAUGCUUUCGUUUGGUCCUUCUUCAGCCAUAACAUUUCUUAAGUUUAUGGUAGCCGUAUCUCUCCCUUUAUUGUAUUUAUUAUUACAUAUCAUAAACAGCUAGAUUACAGCACUAUAUAAUGUGUUUUUCACAACAGCAAGAAAUAAAUGUUGUACCAGCAGUGCAAGAGCUUCAGAAAAACUUAAUAUCUUUCAUACUUCCAAAGUUUGUAAAACAUUGUACCCACAAAGCAACUUGAACAUAUAAAGCACUGUAGCAACCGUUUGUUUAUAGUGACAGAUGGGCUAGAACAUCUUCAAAGCCACCUAACCACCAGCUCACUUGGCCACAAUCAAAGGACUUAAAAAGGUAAUCUUUGCUUAUUCACAUUGAAACUAUCUGUCAGCAGGUUUAUGUUUAAAAAAAAUAGUGCCAGAGCAUGACCCUCUGCCCCGAGUUAUAUGGAUACUAUGGAUACCACAGUGAAAGAGCAAGCAACUAUCAAGUUAUGCCCACCAUAUAUAUAUAUAUAUAUAUAUAUAUAUAUAUAUAUAUAUAUAUAUAUAUAUAUCAUUAAUUGAGCAUUGAGAAGUUGAGACCAGUAAUUUCUUUCAUUUAACAUGAUAUGUACUUGGGAGAAACUUGCCAAAGGUCAGAAAUAGUGUAAAUAUAUUCCACAUUGUCUUUAAGAACUUGUUCUAUUGAUGAUUAUGUUUAAAUAAGAGGUUACCUGGGGCCAGCGUCAUGUGCAGAUUGCUACCUGUUUAUGAGAGCUGUGUGAAGUAAGAGUACUCUCAGUCAGGGAUGUUGUGUCAAAGACAACAUGUGCUGUUUACUGCCCUUGUUAACAAGCCAUGCAGUGUUUCUAUAGUGUAUACAGGAUGAAAUCGAUCAUUAGCAAGAGGGUAUGACGGUGCUGUUUCGAGGUUUUUUUAGCAAGAAGUAAAGGUCAUGGCAAAAUAGUAAGGCACAUGACAUACAUAUCUGAAGUGUGGUAUAUCUGUAAUGACAAUGUUUGAUUGUGUGAGCAAACAGAAUGAAGUGACCUGAUAAAAAUGUGCCACUGCAUUUCAGGGGACCUUGGUUAUAUGGCAAUGUGAUUGUCUGUCUGGCUGAACAUUGACAUAGAAUUUCCUGUUCCUAUUUCUAUUCUGAUUUGAGCUACUUUUUCACAGUGUACUUUUAUUUUUUAUUCUUUACUACAGCCCACAUUUUUAAGCCUGCUUUAACUAUGCUGUUUUUCUGUUUCUGUAAAAAAAAAAAAAAAGCACCUGUGAGAUUAUCUUAAUGCAGGUUAGUGUAGCAUGUGUAUGAUUUUUAUUUCAGGGCUACUGUUAGAAACUCUACUAUAUGUGGCAAAGAGAUCUUGAGAGUGGUUUUGAUUCUGUUCUUCCAUCCAUCGAAGGCUUUUCUGCAAUACGUGUGCGUGUGUAUAUAUGUGUGAUGUGAAACCUUCAAACCCUUUGGAACAUGUCUGUGUAUUGUUCUUCCUUGGAAACCAAGGAUUCAUUUCCUUUGUACAGCAGGACUCUGCAUCAGUGUCAUGAAUAUGAGAAUUCAGUCAAAUGUAAGGAUGCAAAUGAAAAGCCCUGCAGGAUAUUUGCUAAAGUUUAUCAGUUCAUUUUUUCUUGUUAAUUUAUGCUGGUUUAUCAUCAUAACAGAGCCUGAUUAGCAAAAAGUAUUAGCAUGUAUAUUGUGUUAUAGAUAUGCAAAAAGGAUAAGCAAGGGAAUGAUAAAUGUUUGAGUGUAGUUAUUUGCUCUGUUGCUCCUCAUACACUUUUUUUAGUGUAUUUAAUACUGCUAUGGAAAUAUCAUUUGCUAUAAAACUAUGAAUGGAGGAGCUCUUUAUUGUAGCUUUGCUAGUGUGGGAACUGCCUGUGCUUCUAGUUGUUUACACUGUGGUCAUAAGGCAAGUAUUAUGGCUUACUCGGCAUUCUCAUUCUUUCUUUGUUCGUGUGUGUACUUGUUGCAGUGAAUGAAUGAUGCAGAUACGUAUAUACAUCCAUCCACUUUUCCCAGAAAGAAAUGUUUUGGACACUCACGUGCAAGAAUUUUUUUCCUUGGUGCUAUGUAGUGAUCCUGUCAAAGGACUUGAGACAGUUUGUAAAGCAGUGUUUUGAAUUUAUGUAAAAUCUGUGACACAUGUUUCUCUAUUGUUACAGCUAUAUAUAGAGACUCCGAAGAUGUUAUAUCGCAAUUGUGCAGUCUCAUUCACAUGGUUUCACAUUUGCUUUUAUUCUGUUCAACGUAAUCUUCUACAAGUUACUGAAGGGCUGGUACAUGCUUGCUUGGCUGGUUCUGGCCAAAACAUUUGGAAAAUUUUGCUGUUUGAUAUUUAUGGCACAGUGUAUGAUCAUAGACCAUUGGAUUCUCGAACAAGGAGGUACAAAUUUUGCAACUUGGUUCUGGCUAGAGCAAUGCAUGAUGCAGAGUGAAUUUUGUUAAAGGUUAUCUAGGCACCUGCAAAAAUUUUACCCAUUUGUUUAUAAUUAAGGCACAAGGUUUAAUUAUGAACAGAGAUUUUUAUCGCCUCUUUCUGUGCCGUACUAUCUUAUGCUAGUCAACCAGUGUCCUGCGAUAUAGGUGUGUACUGUCAAGCAGUAUUAUCACUUUGUUGUAUAGUACCAUUUUGCGGAUAGGGAAUGGUCAGAGACUGCUUGGUGGUACACAUCAAUGACCAUGUAUGCUGAAAAACUGGCAUAACACUUCACAGCCCAAAUCAGAUAGGGGCAACAGGGCAUUUAUCAGCGAUACCUUGUUACCAUGAAAGCUUUGCACUGAUGCAUUCUUUAAGUCUGCCAUGAACCCCGUAGUCAUAGCCACUAUGUUACCAUCCAUUCUUUCCUUUUUUCUCUUCAUAUUUUUCACGUGAAGUAGGCCAGUGUUGUUGCCAAGUGAUAAAAUACAGAGUAUAUAAUAAAGUGUGAUCACAAUAAUAUGUACUUCAAUUUGAAUGAGUCAGUAGUAAUUAUUAUUUUCAAAUUCAGUGAACCGUUAUUGUAACUUGUGGAUAGCAAGAUAUUUUAUAUAAGUGAUUAAGUGAAUAUGAGAUAACCACAGAACCAUUUGCAGAAGCAUCAGAAGUAAAUGGUAAUGUGGUGUGUUUAAAGCAGACAUUCAAGCAGUGUUAUUUGUAAUCGUUGCAAAAUUUUUGUAUAAAUGAAAGAAAGCAGCACUUUUUGAGUUUACUGAAUAUUUGCUGAUGAUAACUGUGAGUACGUCUUUGUACGUCUUUACAAAUUGGAUAGACAUUGGAUUCUUUAGACAUUGAAUAAUAUGUUUCUCCAAUCAAAAGUACUCAGUAAAUAAUAAUUGGUUCUCAUCUCUG